UGUCUAUGACGCAGACAACGCGGAAGAAGUUGAUUGUUUUCCUUGUGUCUUGGAGGAGAAGUGUAAAACUUCUGUACCCAAUAACGUUGAUGUCAAUCUAAAACUAUGAAGGUUGCUUUUGUUUGCUUGAUAUUACUGAUUGCUUUAACGGAGUCAUAUGGCUACAAGAGAUGCACCUAUACGAGCUAUAGUUACGCGCUGCGGAGAAGCGUCACUUACUAUUAUAGCUGCUCCAGCAAUGCUUACUGUUGUGGAAAUCGCAGCUGCUGUACAUAUGUGUAUGCGAGGUGGUAUCUAUGGUUCACUGUGGUAACAUUUGGUGUCAUUGUGUUCAUUUUCUGGUGGUACUAUCGCUAUCGUUAUCGCCCACGCCAGGUCAUUGUUGCAUCAACAUCCCCUGGAGUCGUUACUGCUGGAAAUGUUAAUGUGACGAGGGUAAAUGCCCCUUACCCUGUGUAUUCUCAGUCGGGACCAGUCACCAUCAUGCCAGGUGGUUCAACUGUGCAUUAUACAGCAUAUCCACCACCAAGUUACGCCUUUCAUACCCCACCACCAGCCUACACUAGCACUAGUGUAGUAAAGCAAGGCACAACAGUCAUGACCGGCACUUCUACUCACUAGAUUAAAGCCAUAAGAAUAUAAACCCUUUACGUUCAGUGUCAAACCUCAGUUGAAUAGACUGUUUUCGAUAUAUUAAAAUUCAGCUUCGUAGUGAGGCCUAGAGGACCCAAACGAAGGGAAUUGAAUGACAUGCUUAUUCAUUUGAUUUGUUUGUGUCCUCCAGGCCUCACUGUCAAGCUGAAUUUUAUUUUGUCGAAAGUGACCUAUUAAGGUGGCUGAAUACAGUUUUGCAUAAAUUAUUUGCUUUUACAUCUAAACUGUUGCAGCUAACAUGCUCAACAUUACCUUUCUACAAGAUAAUUAAGCUUCUUAGAAUAGGAGAUCCUAUUUAAAAAUGGCCCUCAAGGGGAGCUCUUAGUAGAAUAAGGUGUUAAAUCAAAAUAUUAUGGUGCAUAGACUACAUGCUAAGACAAAACAUUUCAUAUACCACAGACUGUUACAGUUUUACAAGAAAAAAAGCAUCAAGUUACAUUUUGCAAUCCAUCUGAAACAAAAAAAAUAAUGCAUACACAGUUUUUUUCUUCUUGUGAUGAUGUAUUUUGCAAUUUAAAUUCUUUACUACAUGUAUAUAACUCCCCCUUCCCCUCAAAUAAAUUAUUUGUAGAUCUAAUCAGCUACCUUCUUGGUCCAGAGAGUAAUAUGUUGUACUAUAAAAUAUAGGCUGCACUACUGACAUAAUGACUUUCUUGUAAAAGUUAUUUUUAUUUAGAAAUUAUGUAAAAUUAUAUAAGUUGGUAUGGAUAUUAAAUGUUUUAAUUAGUUUAUAAAAUAUAUCACACUAGCAUUUUGAUGUACAUGUAUUUUAUGGUAAUAUGUGCAUGUGCUGUGUACUGUUUUACAUAAUAAAGUGGUACAAUAAAGCAUAUAAUAUGCUUUUAAAAUUGACACAGCUGUCAUCAAGCUACGAAUUUGUUGCAAAUGUACUUACUGAAAUACAGUUAUAAGUUAUUGUGAAUAGUUAAGACAAUUUAAAGACAGUAAGACAAUAAUUUGGCUUUAAGUGUAACAAGCUAAUAAACCAGCUCUGUAAUGUGAAAUUUAUAA